AUGCUCCGCUGGACAGGGGGUAGCAAGGCACGUGCAACAUUUAGGCAGCACCCCACUGCUUCAUAUGACAGCCGCACCUUCAAUGAUCACAACAGCAACAGUUACCCCCAGCAAGUUCUGUCAUCACAUGGCCGGGGCUCGCGGCCUCCGCUCCACCAGGAGGGCAGCAUUGAGGAAGAGUCGCUCACACGACGCCGAAGCCGCAUAGCCGCCUCGGCAUCGGCAUCGGCAACACAGGAGAGACGCGGCGAUUCACCGCCUUCGUCGCCUAGAAGCAGCAGUAACAGGAAGAAGCGAAUGUCUGUUUCUUCUGAUUCAACGACAACAGAAGAUGGCAGCCGCGGCGUGGAUUGUAUGGCGCUGCGGUGGUCUGUUAAGGCCGCCGCAGCUGCAACGCCACAGCGGCGAGAGUCGCCGGGACUCCUGGACAGCGACGUGGUAGAGGUACCGUGCGCCGUGACAACGGGGCCGUAUCCUACUGGUGACAGCGCACUGCUAUAUAGGGAUGGUGCAUAUCCUAAUUGCAGCUACGAGUGCGGCGAGCAGACUGCAACAACUGCGAGGGAAUCGGGCGGCGGAGGGGUUUUCCUUCCUAGCGGUGGUGCAACACCUGUUGCAGAGGCCGCAGCAGAGCCGUCGUGUACGCCGCCAUGUCUUGUUUCUGGGGCAGGCAACGCUGCUGGGCCGUUCGUUGACGUCACAGCAUGGAGCCCACCACGGGGUUCUUUCUGGCAGCUGUCUGUGCCCACUGAGGGCUUGCAGCAGGAGCCACAAUAUUAUCUGCAGCACCUCAGCCAGAGGGAGGAAGAUGAGACGAGCGGCGGCGCUCUUUCGCGGCUGACGUGCUGCGACCUGCACCCCGACAUGCCGGACGGGUCUUUGUACCGCCGCACGCCCUUUGCAUCGCCCAGCCCGGCGCCUAACGCACCGCAGGCGCCAUCUGCGUGGCUGGAAGAGCCGGUGACGGUGCUGCCAUACGAUGGCUUUGCGUCCUCUUUCCUCGACGACGGCAAUGACUCUGUGGGACCAGGUGGGGAUGCCUAUGCGCCCGCUCCUGUUUAUACAGGAACGGGUGCGGGUGGUGCGACCGGUUACUGGGUGCCUGGCUACGAUGGCAGAAAUACAUCGGUUUCCGCACAGUCGUACGGCGAGGCAGCCUUCUUUGCUCCGACGCCGUACCCACCGUGCGUGACAGACUACCGAGCACCGGCUCCAUCAGCAGCGGGGGGUUUAGCAGCGCCAACGGAGACCGCUGUGGCGCUCACGUCGCUGCUGGGCCACAGGCAUCGCAGUCGCACCGGGGCGUAUGUGACACCCACAUGGCCUUCCACACAACACGAUGCGGCCUGCGCCGAUGGAUACCCACUCUGGCGCGGUGUGGGUGCAGCGCCGCCGCGGUACGCCGCUACACGUGGAGGAGACAGGCCACAUGCAGCAGUAGCAGGAAGAAGCGCCGCCGCCGCCGCCGCUGCUGCUGCUGCUGCUGCUUCUGCUGCUGCUACUGCUGCUGCUACUGCUACUGCUCGCGCUCGUGGUGGUGGUGGUGGGCGACGGCGUGGGUAUGCGNGCAGCGCCGCCGCGGUACGCCGCUACACGUGGAGGAGACAGGCCACAUGCAGCAGUAGCAGGAAGAAGCGCCGCCGCCGCCGCUGCUGCUGCUGCUGCUGCUGCUGCUUCUGCUGCUGCUUCUGCUGCUGCUACUGCUGCUGCUACUGCUACUGCUCGCGCUCGUGGUGGUGGUGGUGGGCGACGGCGUGGGUAUGCGGUGAAUCUCUCCGGUGA